CAUCCGGGCAUGCAAGCAUCUUCAACAUGGCAGCCGUCUGCAGUAUCAGGAAUGAUUUGCAAAUAUGAAAAUACGGUUUGCAAAAACGAGAUAGAAUAAAAUGAAUCAAUAGAAAUGGAGUUGGAGAAGACGGCAAGUCUAAAUAUUUUCAGCUGAUACAGUGUAAAAUUUCAAACUGAAUCAUCAAGAUGAAGAUAGACAGAAAUAAAUUGAAAAAGUCUACUACAGAGGUGCCUGCAGAUUGUCGCGCCCUCAUUGAGAAGCUGAAGACUGCUACAGAGGAAACUCUGCUGGAGGAACUGAGGGCAGUGAAAGCCUGGUCUUAUGGAAAGUGUGAGUUAUAUCACUGGUCAGAUGUCCUGGACAAGUUUGAUGAAGUCCUGGAAAAGGCGUGCAAGAAGGAGGGGGAGAAGAAAUGGAUGCUGUCAUGUGACAGAACUGGCGAGAUACAGCUUAAAGACCUACUGUUGGUGAUUCUGCACUUCACGUCUCUGCUGAUCGAACACAGUUUUUCGCGUCACCUUUACAACUCGAUGGAACACCUGACCAGCUUGUUGUCCUCAUCUGAUAUGACAGUCGUCCUGGCAGUAUUGAAUCUCUUAUAUGUUUUCAGCAAAAGGUCAAACCACAUAACUCGACUGAGCAGUGAUAAGAAACAAGGCCUGAUUGUGAGACUGACUCACUUAGCUGAGAGCUGGGGUGGUAAAGACAAUGGUUUUGGCCUUUCUGAGUGUUGCAGUAACGACACUAUCUAUAAUUUUCCUACCAGUGCAACAACAUUGCACUUUGAAUUUUAUGUGGACAAUAAAGAAGAGAAGGGCAGGAAGGGAACGGCUAAUGUCAUUACCUCUAUACACAUGGAAAACUUGGACAAGUCGAUAAAAAUGCCCUCUGAAAUUAUGGAAGAAAUUCUUGAGAAUUUCAAAGUUCCCGAAGAAAAACAGAUGUUGCUAUAUACUCAUAUACGUUUGGCCAACCUGUUUUCCAAGUACGAGGCCAGACUACAAUGUGUGCAGGCUAGACUGCAGGCAAUGGCUAUUCUGGUCUAUUCCAAUGCCAUUCAAGACAACAUGAAUGCUCUGCUGUACCCAGGUCUGAUAGAGGAACUAGUGGAUAUUAUAGAACUCAAAGAUGAAAACCUGGUGGAAAUUAAAGCAGCUUCCCUGAGAACGCUUACAUCCAUUAUUCACCUGGAGAGAAAUCCAAAGCUGAACAACAUAAUAGAUGCUACUGGUGCAUCAUCAUACCACGGUUUUCUGCCAGUGCUUGUACGCUCCUGUAUACAACACAUGACAGACACCCUGUUAAAGCCGUUCCCACAGCCCUAUGCCACGGCCCUGUUCUCAUUUUUAUAUCACCUGGCCAGUUACGAAAAUGGUGUGGAGGCCCUGGUGUCCUGUGGGAUGAUGGAGUGUUUACUGAAGGUGAUCAGCUGGUAUGGCAACGGUCAGGAUCACAUCACGCAAUUUGUAACGAGAGCUGUGCGUGUAGUAGACUUAAUUACCAAUCUGGACAUGGCCGCCUUCCAGACACAGGGCGGUCUAUCAACCUUCCUCAACAGACUAGAACACGAGGUGGAGAUCUGUAGGAAGGAGAACCCAUUUCAGAUCCGAAUUAAACGUGACUCUAUGAGUGAGAGUCAGGACUCUCCCCUCGCUAUGGAGAUGGACUUGCAUGGUGAGGAGGGCAGAGAGGGUACCAUUGACGAGGAGUCUGUUGUCCAUGAUGAAUCAAGGGUCAACGAAGGUGCAUCUACCUCCACUGGCAUGGCGUACACAGUUUCUUCUCCACCAAAAAAUGGAGUCCAGUGUUUCCCUCAAAGAGCUGCCCUGCUGAAGUCCAUGUUAAAUUUCCUUAAAAAAGCAAUCCCAGAUUCAUCAUUUUCGGAAAGUAUUCGACAUUUAAUGGAAGGAUCUCUGCCCAAGUCUCUCCAGCACAUCAUCAGCAAUGCUGAGUAUUAUGGGCCCUCCUUGUUCCUUCUGGCCACGGAUGUUGUGACUGUGUAUGUGUUCCAGGAGCCAUCCCUUCUGUCCUCGCUACAGGACAGUGGACUAACGGAUGUCGUGCUCCACGCUUUACUUAUCAAGGAUGUACCAGCAACUCGAGAGGUGUUGGCGUCUCUGCCCAAUGUGUUCAGUGCCCUGUGUUUAAACACGCGUGGCCUAGAGGCAUUUGUCAACUGUAAGCCAUUUGACAGGUUAUUCAAGGUGCUGCUGUCGCCAGAUUACCUCCCCGCUAUGAGGAGGAGACGCAGCUCUGACCCCUUUGGUGACACAGCCAGCAAUCUAGGAAAUGCCAUGGACGAGCUGAUGAGACAUCAGCCUUCAUUGAGGACUGACGCCACCAAGGCCAUCAUUAAGCUACUUGAAGAAAUCUGUGCCAUGGGAAUGGACCCAAAGUGUGUUUGCCAGAAGUCUCAGCCAAAGAAUGAGCCUAAUAUUGUCUCCAUCCGCUCCCCUCAGCCCCCAGACAAUGGAUCUUCUGAUGAAGAGGACGAGGAGGAGGAGCUGGCUAACACCCAGGACUCCGCUACAACUGCUAACAAACCCCCCACGCCCACUGAGACUCCCGCUGACACCAGCAGUCAGUCAAUGACACCUGCUUCCCAAGAAAAGCAAGCCAUACCUUUGAUGGACUACGUACUGAAUGUGAUGAAGUUUGUGGAGGCCAUCCUAAGUAACAACUCGACAGACGAUCAUUGCCGCGAGUUUGUCACACAGAAAGGGCUGCAGCCUCUCAUGUCAAUACUGGGGUUGCCUAAUCUUCCAAUAGACUUCCCCACCUCCCCUGCUUGUCAAGCUGUCUCCAUUGUGUGCAAAUCUAUUCUAAAUUUGUCACGGGAGCCCCAGGUGCUGAAGCAGGGCCUACUAAAGCUGGACGAAGUGUUACAAAGUCUGGAGACACUACAUCAGCCUCUUGAGGCUCCUGGAGGAUCUGUCCUCCUACGUGAACUUGCAAACGUAGCCCACAUACCAGACGCUGCUCAGUUACCCCAGAACACCCCUCUUCUUCAUGCUCUAUCCUCCUGCCAUGCAUACAUCCUCAUGUUUGUACAUGUCUGUCGGAUGGGACAGACGGACAUUCGCACAAUCUCUGUGAACCACUGGGGGUCGGAUCUAGGCUUGAAGGUUUUAGAGGGCCUGAGUAAGCUGUACACAUCACUGGUGUGGGAGAGCACUGUGCUGCUGGCUCUGUGUAAUGAUGAUGUGCUGCCUGCCAGCUGUGAGUUUGGUAAGGCAGAUAUGGAGAAACUACUCCCCAAGGACUUUAAGGCUGAAAAAGACAUCAAAGAGGAGAGUGCCAAUCUUACUCACAGUACUGGUGAACUGGGUAGUAAUGGGGUUAGUGCUGCCAUGGAGUCUCUGUCAACGUCAGAGAGCACAGAAACUCCCAUGGAUGUUGGCGACGUGCAAUCACUGUCCACAUCUUCAGAUAAAGAGAGUAAACGCCCAAAAAUGUCCCCAGCACUGCAGGCACAAGUGAAACAAUUGAAACCUCUAUUAUCUGUGUCGUCUCGUUUGUGUCGUGCCCUUGCUGAACUGUUUGGUUUGUUGGUGAAAUUGUGUGUUGGUAGUCCUGUGCGACAAAGGCGGAGUCACCAGAUCCCUCCACCACCCACCACACCUUCCCCUGCUGCCCAGUCAGUGGCUCGAGCACUCACCAGACUGCUGACCAAUGGUCUUCAAUGGACCCCACCGGAAUAUUCUCCAGUACCCAAACUCAGAUUAACAUUUCUGGUGUGCUCUGUUGGCUUCACGUCCCCAAUGUUGUUUGACGAGAAGAAACAACCAUACCACCUGAUGCUACAGAAGUUUGUCUCCUCGGGAGGACAGAAGGCACUGUUUGAAGCCUUCUCUUGGGCACUAUCCAUUGAUGGGAAAGUCCAGAUGUCUGAUGGCCUAGAGUUUCCUGAACUACCAGAUGGUACCGGUGAGUUCAUUGAUGCUUGGCUGAUGUUAGUGGAGAAAAUGGUGAAUCCUAAGACAGUCCUAGAGUCAACACACACUCUACCAGAGAAGUCUAGUCAGGCAGGCUUUGUGCCCUUCAGCCCAGUCCAGUACCUCAUCAGCACACAAAAGGCGGCUUUCAAUGCGGUAAUGCACCUAUGGAACAAGAAGCCCUUGAAGCUGUAUGGCGGUCGCAUGUCUGAAUCCAUUCUGGCCAUCUUGUGCCAUAUCAUCAAGGGAGAGGCCAUAAUAAAGGAGUACUUGGGUAAGGAGAAGGAGGAGACCCCCAGCACAUCAGGAAAUAGCAUCAGUAUCCUGGCUCCGUCUGCUGCGAGUACUGCUGCUGCUGCUGCUCCCACACCUGCAUCUGUACCGCGACCCAGCAUCCCAGAAAUCAAUCCGUCACACCUACAGCAGCUGAUGGACAUGGGUUUCUCAAGGGAGCAUGCCACACAAGCCCUCAACCACACCACCAGUAUGGAGCAGGCCACUGAGUACAUACUGACACACCCACUGGUCCCAGCCCCCAGGACUCCGGCAAACGUAAGCAAUCCCCUUGGCAUGGUACUGGAGAUGUCUGAGGAGGAUCAAAUGAUGCGAGCCAUAGCCAUGUCCUUAGGCGACAAUAUCCUUAUGUCUACUGACGAGAGUGGACCGAGUAGUUCUUCCUCCAAACAGGAGCCGCCCAAACCCGAGGAGACCGAAAUCGAUGAAAAACAAGAGAAAGAGGAACCACUUGAUCGGACGACGAUUGACCAGUUCACCGACACCGUCAUGCCUGGUUGUCUGACACUACUUGACACACUCCCAGAGACGGUGUAUCGUGUUUGUGACCUGCUCAUUGUUGUUACACAGAGGAAUGGGUUGGAAUGGCAGAAACGUGUCCUGUCCUCUCUUGUUCAGGAGGUUCAGUCCCUUGGUCAGAAGCUACUGUCUGUGGGUCAUGUCUGUCCCUCAGACGAGCCCCAGUCAGGCUCUAAUGACAAGAAGGCAUUCCAUCCCGACUCCUGCAAAUUUGCUACUCGACUUCACCUGUUUAGCCUGCUGUUUGAGGAGGCGAGGAUGCCAUGUGCAGAGACUGUGGAAAAGGUCUACCUCACCGACCUCCUGGUACAGGUGCUCAGUAGUGGGCAGGAGUUCCUCACCGCCAACCGAGAUUAUGUCUCACCAAAAUGGCUAGCACCAAUGCUGCUGUUACUGGACCUGUAUGAAAAAGUAUCUGUGAUAUCUAGGCGUAAGGUGGAUGCUGAGAAACUAUUGGCGGCCAGUCAUACGUGGAAGUGGUUUGAUGACAGUACAGGGCGCUGGUGUAAAUACAGUCUGGGCAACAACAAGACCAUCGACGAUGCUUACCAGUCGGGAGAGUCCAGCAUCAGGUUCCAGGCUGGCAGAAGGCGAUACACGGUCCACUUUAACACCAUGAUGCAGGUUAACGAGGAGACAGGUAACAGGCGGCCCAUCAUGCUGACUUUGCCUACUGUGGAGGAGAAACAACAGGCAGAACAGGGUGAUAAGAAGGUCUCGAACAAGGAGGGUGAAGCUUCCCAGCCCAGUCCUGUGUCUGAGAGUAAAAUGGAAACAGAACCUGUUGAGAGAAAGAUAACGAGAGAAACAAAGAUUGUGAACGGCUUAAACUCGGAUCAGAUUACCAGUGUUAUAAGGUCUGUGGUGGCCCUACUAAACAUUCCAGUGGAAGCUGAGAGUCUUCAUGCAGCCUUGCGCCUCAUCCUACGACUGACACGAGAACACAAAUUUGCUGUCUUGUUUGCAGAACUUGGAGGGCCAAAAGUGUUGCUGAACCUCACACAGGCUUCAGCUUUUCCGGGCUUUGUUUCUCUUGCCACUCUCAUCUUUAGACAUAUCCUUGAGGAACCUGCAUCUCUAAAGUACUGCAUGGAAAAGGCAAUCAAGAAGGCAACUUCAGGGUCGGGCUCAAGUCUAAGUGGUGUCCAGCAGGGCAGUAUGGGUUCUAAGGAAUUGCACUAUGUGUUGAGGGUCCUUGGGCCUGCUGCUUGUCGUAACCCUGGCAUGUUUACAGAAGUGGCUCGAAAUACACUGAGAAUAGCCCUCCCUCGGCCCUCCAAGCGUGAUGAGGAUGAGAGUCGAUUCUAUGGUCCAAAUGCACCACAGAUCCUGAAGAGCAUAUCAACGAAGCAAGUUAUCUCCCAUACUGUGGAAUCUCCAAUCAAGGAGGUGCUAUAUGACCUUCUCAACUGCCUUAUAGUCAAAUGUAAUUACAAAGAGCCAGUACCCACUGCUACCAGUGUAGGCAUGGAGGUCAAGGCUGCUCAGCCCCUCUCGGAGGCCAUCGCAGAGAUGUCACGUGAGCUCCAGGAGAGACAGGCCAACAUGGUGCGCCAAAACAGCUCAGCUGAACUCCAGCAAGAGGAAGAGUCCACUAGUCAAACCGAUCUAACAGCAGAACAGGGAGGAAACAAAGACCAGACAAAGGAAAAGGAUGCCAAGACAGCAGAGGAUAGCCGCAAGCAGAGUCUUUUAAUGCCAAAGUCACUAAUCCUGCGGCUACUGUCAGAGAUGGUUAAGUCCUACGGCAGUUGUACACAACUCAUCACACAACACGUGUAUACUGGUGGCCAGUCAGAACUCGUGCCCGAGGAAUGCAGUGUGCUGGCGUUUGUACUGGACCACCUUUUGCCCCAGUGCCAGGUGUACGGAGACCGGGACUGCCCUGCAUUGUCACGUGUUUUUGUGGCUAGCAUUGCAUCAUGUAACAACCGGCCAGAUGCUCAGAUGGCACUCGUAGCGGAAAUAAAAAAUGCCCUGCAGCGGUCUCUGUGCCAUCCUGAAAGCUCAGAGAAACAUGUGCGUAUACAGUCCCUGACAAAUCUCAUCAGCAUUAUUAUUGAGUCAUGUCCAAGUCCAGGACAGGUGCCAAAUGAGGUGUUUAAGGGACAGCAGACGCUGAUGAACAACAUUGUGAAGAGUUUGCUGAAGAAGGGCGUUGUGACAGACUUGGCUAGGAUACCCCAUAGCCUUGACCUCUCAAGUCCCUACAUGGCCAAUACUAUCAACUCUGCCCUCAAGCCCCUCGAAACGCUCUCCCGCAGUGUCAACCAGCCUAUACAGGGUGUAACUACAAAAGGAAAGGGCAAGCUAGACCUUGGUGAACAUGCUCCUGGACAAGAGUCGACCACGGAGAAUACUACCACAGCGGCUGAAGGAGGUACAGGAAACCUUGGACAGGAGAGGGACGUAACUAUUGAGGAUAUCACAGACCAGGCUGACCAGCAUGGUGACCUAGAGGAAGCAGAGCCCCUGGAAGCUGAGGAACCGGAACAUGAUCUUGACAACACUGAUCCUGGCUCCCAGCUACAGGAUGUCAUUGAUGAGCUACUGAGCAGGGAUUCUAACCUGGACACUGAGAGGGAAGUGCUUGCUGAUAUUGUGAUGGAAACAGAAGACAUUAGCCAGGCAUCAGAGCAGGAUGAUCACGGAGAUGAUGGAGACGAUGAACUAAUAGAUGUGGAGGAGAUGGACCACCAUGACUCUCACAUUGUCAGCCAGGAGAUUUCUAUAGAGGACGAGGAAGGAGAUGAUAAUACUCAUGUUGAUGUCCAUGACGACGACUCUGCAGAGAGUGGAUCAGAUGCAGAUGAAGAUGACAACGAUGAUGGUGAUAAUGAUGACGACCAGGACGAUGAUGACGAUGAUGAUGAGGAAGAUGAAGAGGGGUCUGAUAUGGAGGCAGAGGAUGAGGAUGAUUAUAACGACCUGGAGAUAGACACGCCCUCUGGUCACCAGUUCCAUGACGAAAACAAUGUAUUUAAUAUGGAGGAUAUGAUGUUCCCACUAGGAAACCAGCAUGUGAUAUUCAAUCCCUUGGACAACAACCAUCAGCUGCACAGUUUUAACGGCUUACAAUGCCCAAUCUCCAUACACGACAAUGAUAAUGGGAAUGAGCUGGCAGUGCCAACCGUUGUGCCUCCCGCACCCAGUAAUGUGAUGGCGACCCAUCCUCUGUUGACUCGCCAGCCUGACACGCAUGGUGUUGUUGCUCGUAUACACCGAGGGGGACGCCAGAGAGGUACCUGUCGCUACAAUCCCUCCACACAGACCCUCCAUGUCAACUUCCCAAGGCCCCCCAACCCACCAGUCAUCUUACAAAGACUGCUUGGCCCUACCACGGCAGCCGAUGUCCUUCAACUGACAAGUACCCUGACAUCAGUAGCUGGGCCAACCCCCACACGUGUCAUGCUGCCAAAUGAAGACUUGCGGAUCAUGUCUCGCCCUGACGAAGACCUUUUUGAGGAACUCUUCCAGGAGCCCUACCCUGACAGCAGUGCAGCUGGUACCGGUGUACUCACCUACAUUCCUUCCACACUGACCAGAUGGACAGAGGAGGCCAAAGUACUGGAUGGUGACAGCAUUAACGACUGUAUGACAGUAUUGAAGCCAGAAAUCAUGGAAGUUCUAGAACAGCACCGAGAUGAGGAGCUGUCAGAGCGAAGGGAGAAACGGAAAAAGGCUGUAGAGGAAGAAGCUGCAGCCAAGAAGGAGAAGGAGCAAAACAGCAAAGAGGCGUCUGUGGACUGGGUAUCUCCACAGCAGAUGGAGGUGUCUCUAGACGGGAUGACACCUUCCAGUUCGUCUGGUGGUGUGAGCAGCAGCACAACUCUAACCAACACCAACCAGGAAGCCAAUGGUCGACACAUCAGUGCAUCGGAGGCUGCUGCAGCAGCAGAGUUGAUUGCAACAGAGAUGGUGGAAGGUAUUCUGUCAACAGCCACCCCUUCAGAAUCAGAAUCAGGAUCUCGGCCACCUGAUGGCCUGCUGUCCACAGCCUCACCCUCGGUAAUGUCAACGUUCCUGACCCCAGCUAACCCGCUCCCCCUCAUCACCCCUGGGGCUCCAUUGGCAGAUAGGCCGAGACCAAGAGCCCCCAAUGAUGGCAGACUGAAUCUGGCUUCUUUGCUACUGAGUGAUCAAGAUCCUGCUCCUGCUUCCCAGCGGACUGGUGUAUCAACGUUUGGGGGACUAGGGGAGAUAAAUGCACCACUUGUCGGUAGCCAGCCUGUGUCUGUUGUGCCUGCUGCACCCACAGAGGGUAGCAUCACUCCAGAGGAGGUGUCGGGGAUCAGCAGCUCGGGGGCGGUCACUGUCCAGUCAUCAGCGAGUUCAGAAGAGUUAGCUGGGUCAGGCCUAGAGAUAUUGCCCACCACUUCAUCUCCAAUCAUCAGUCAUGAGACAGCACAGUCCAUCGACUCGGGCCUUCGCAGUUUCCUCAUGGGUGGCGCUUCAAUGUCAUCUGUGCUAGAGAGUGCCACUGGGAUGUCAGACGUCCCCACUUCCACCUCUGGGCCCCUUGACCCCAACACCCCACUCCUGCCUAGCAGUAUUCUCAGCUCCCUGGACCCUGGAUCCAUCCCCCUCCCCCGUCUUGUCACGGAGGGUGCCAUAGGUGGUUCAGACUUGAGGAGCGUACUACCCUCUACCUGGACUAUCCCCACCACUGCCACCACCACCAUGCCCACUCUAGGCUCGACAGGGUCUAUGGAAGGACCGUCUUCCUCACGCAGUGCAUCGGGUACACAAAACCCCUCUGUCCCUGAAGGUGUUGAUCCAUCAUUCUUAGAUGCCCUUCCUGACAAUAUACGCCAGGAAGUGAUCGCGGAGCAGCUUCGACUUCAGCGGAUCCAGCAAAGUGCCAGAGAGCAGGCCCAGAGUGCUCACAGCAGUGGCACCAUGGAGGUCAACGCAGAGUUUCUGGCUGCACUACCCCCAAACAUACAGGAAGAGGUACUAGCCCAACAGAGAACAGAACAAGCACGUCUGCAGGCCCAGAGUACUCCUGCUCAGCCUGGUACAGAUACUCCGGUGGAUCCUGCUACUUUCCUGGCUACACUUCCUUCAUCUCUACGACAACAGGUCCUGGCUGAUAUGGAUGACAGCAUGGUUGCUGUCCUGCCACCCGACCUGGCUGCAGAAGCACAGUCACUUCGAAGGGAACUGGAGGAUAGACAUCGGCGACUCAUGCAAGAUCGUCUAUUCGCACAAGCUGGAGCAGGUUCUCUAUCUGCCAUCCUAAGACACACUGGGUUUGCUGGUCGGUUGGGUGCAGGGAGGUAUGCCUUGCGUGCUGUGCCACGUGGAAGCAACCAGUGGGCCUGGGGUUCAAAUCGUAUGGACAACCAUUCCUCCAGUAGUGGAGUGAAUGCCAUCAAAUUCCGGGGACGACAUCUGUUGGAUCAUGAGGCACUCACAUGUCUGAUUGUUUUGUUGUUUGUGGAUGAACCAAAGAUAAACACUAGCAGGCUACAUCGUGUCCUGCGCAAUCUGUGCUACCACAGUCCCACGAGGAUAUGGGUCAUUCGUGCUCUUCUCUCAAUUCUUCAGAAGACUGGUGAUGGCAUUGUGGAAGAAGGAAAAUGUGCUGCUGGAGACAAGGGGAAAAAGAAGGCUACAAAUUCUUCCCCUGAUGUCACUUGGAAAUAUGACACUAAGAGCCAGGGGUCAUGGCUCUCCAUUAGUCUAGAGGCUGCCCUAGGGUGUCGUGCAAACGUCUUCCAGAUUCAGAAAGUGGGCAAAAAACAUGUACCUGGGGGUUCAUGUACUGGCACUGUGACAGUGCAUCCCCAGGCUGCUCCUGUUGUGUGUAGACAUGUUCUUGAUACAUUAAUUGCCCUAGCCAAAGUGUUCCCUAGUCAAUUUCUGCCCACUUGCAAAGCGAAGGAAGUGGGCAAAUGUGAGGAGGCAGAGGUGGAGGAGCGACAAGAAAGUGUCCCAGAGCCAGCCCAGAGCAGUCCCAAACAAUCAACGUCAGGAGCCGAAUCGCCAAAGUCAGAAACAGACUUUUGGGACCAUCUUAUAAAAUUAGACAAUGUGAAUAUGAAUCGUAAGGGUAAAGGUGUUCAACGGACUCACAAUACCAGCAAUACAGAAGGUGAAGCUAAUUUCUACAAUUUUGAAUCAUCUCCGCUUGGCCAGCUGAUGCUGAUGUUAUCUCACCCAGUGGUGAAGCGCAGCCAGCUGCUCACUGACCGGCUACUGAGAUUGCUUGGACUUGUGUCUAUGAGCUUGCCUGAUGCCACAAGAGGUAACCGUGCCACCUCACAGGCACCAACCAGUACCAUGCCUAGUCUACUGUCCAGCAUGGUAACACCUUCUGUUGUCACCCCAACAACUGCCACUUCAACAUCAAUGUCCACAGCAACAUCAGCUUUGACAACACCGGCUGUUACUGAGGUGGUUACACCCAGCUCCACACACAGCACCACCACGCCCCUUGAAGUCAAAGUGUCGGCCAAGUCUGAAGAUACAAAAAAGGUGGAGGAGGAGAUAGAGGAAGCACCUGUUAUAUUAGAGGAUCAGCUCAAGCUUGCUGUCAAGGUGCUGACAUCCAAGUCCUGUUCUGAGGAGGGACUAGAAGAUGCCACAAACUUACUACUUCGUAUGUCUUGGGCCAACAAUGCCACAAGAAAUGCUGUCCUACGGCUUCUUCUUGAGGGCACACAGGAAUUGGGACAGACUGUCUGUAGCCACAUCAGGAAUCUUCUACAAGAACUCAAGAAACACAGCGGGAGGCCUAAGGAUGAGGACGAGGAGAUGAAGGAUGCUGAAGGCACCUACGCUCCCACAGGCAAAGGCAUUCUUCAGGACAGGUUUUCACAGGGUACCAACAUAGUGGUGGCGGCCCCUAAGAAGGUAAAGGGUGGCCGCGAAUUGCAGCUGCCAUCCAUGUCCCUACUGACCAACAAGUCGUCCAGCCAGCAGUUCCUGCUUCGUAUCCUCAAAGUCAUCAUCCAGCUCCGAGACGCUGCCAGAACCAUGGUCAAACGAGGCCGUAGACAAACGACUUCACGGGAUUUAGGUAACAUUGCAGAAGCUAUGGCAGCCCUGGAGGCUGAGGCAGAGGCUAUCAUAGAAAUGGUUGGACGACGUGCACAACAGAACCAUCAGAUCCGUGAGUUACAACAGCGUGCCACACCUGCGGCACAGGUUGAACCCUCAGAGGCCACUCCAACUUCUACAGCCACUGGGGAGCCAGGCGGAGCAAAUGGAGGUGAGGUAGCUCCCACUGGGGGCAGUGAUCAGCCCACGCCAACAGAGUCUGCACGUGAAUCGGGCGCUGAAACACCUAUGGACAUAGAUCAGCCAGGUACUUCAGGAGAUAAGAAAGAGAAAGAUGAGACAAAUGCUUUACCACGCCUCAGCGAACAGGUCCUGCUGGACGACUUAUGGACGGUCCUAGGAGACUGUCUUUCCGAGCUUGCCAAGACACCUGACCAUCACGCCGUCCUUAUAUUACAACCCGCCGUUGAGGCCUUCUUCAUCGUACAUGCAGGAGAGAAGGAUGCCAAGUCAGGAGACCAGCCGUCACAGAAGCGUGAGGAUCAAUUGGCCCACCUCAAUCUUGAUGUAGCCCCAGCAUCCCCAGCGGCUCAGUCUGAUCCUCCUCUUCUGAACAGAGAGAACUCUGUGGCCUCCAUGUCCUCCAUAACUAACCUCCCACCAGACACCCAGAAGUUCCUCAAGUUCGCAGAGACCCACAGGACGGUACUUAACCAGAUCCUGCGCCAGUCUACCACACCCCUGGUGGACGGCCCCUUCUCCGUCCUCGUUGACCAUACACGCAUCCUAGACUUUGAUGUGAAGCGCCGCUAUUUCCGCCAAGAACUGGAACGCUUAGAUGAGGGCCUGCGUCGUGAAGACCUGGCUGUUCAUGUGCGGCGAGAGCAUGUAUUUGAGGACUCCUUCAGGGAGCUGUUUAGACGUACUGUGGAUGAAUGGAAACACAGGUUCUACAUUGUGUUUGAAGGAGAGGAAGGACAGGACGCUGGAGGACUGUUGAGAGAGUGGUACAUCAUCAUUGCCCGAGAGAUCUUCAAUCCGAUGUACGCACUGUUCAGUACCUCCCCCGGGGACCGUGUUACCUACACAAUCAAUCCCUCGUCCCACUGCAACAGUAACCACCUGAGCUACUACAAGUUUGUGGGACGUAUUAUUGCCAAGGCUAUUUACGACAACAAGCUACUUGAGUGCUAUUUUACUCGCUCCUUCUACAAACACAUUAUAGGACAGACUGUCAAGUACACCGACAUGGAAAGUGAAGACUAUGCAUUCUACCAGGGACUAGUGUUCUUGUUGGAAAACGAUGUCAAAGAUAUAGGAUAUGACCUGGCCUUUUCAACAGAGAUCCAGGAGUUUGGUGUUACUGAAUCGCGUGACCUGAAGUUGGAUGGUAACAAGCUGAUAGUGACAGAGGGUAACAAGAAAGAAUAUGUGAAACUUGUCUGUCGGAUGAAGAUGACUGGCGCCAUCAGGAAACAGCUCAACGCAUUCAUGGAAGGUUUUUACGACAUCAUCCCAAAGAGGCUCAUCUCUAUAUUCAACGAACAGGAACUGGAGCUGUUAAUCUCUGGCCUGCCCAACAUCGACAUUGAUGACCUCAAGUCUAACACGGAGAACCACAAGUAUCAGAGCACGUCACUACAGGUGCAAUGGUUCUGGCGGGCAUUAAGAUCGUUUGAGCAAUCGGACAGGGCGCAGUUCCUGCAGUUUGUUACAGGAACAUCCAAGGUACCUCUGCAGGGAUUUGCCUUCCUGGAAGGUAUGAACGGAUACCAGAAAUUCCAGAUCCAUCGUGACGACAGGUCGACAGAAAGACUGCCUGUUGCACAUACUUGCUUCAACCAACUUGAUCUCCCAGCGUACGAAACCUACGACAAACUUAGGCGUAUGCUGCUGUUAGCAAUAAACGAGUGCUCAGAGGGCUUCGGAUUGGCCUGAGGUGGCCGACAGUUGUUAGCUCUAACAUAGGUGGAGGCGCAGGGCUGUGUUAAUGUGUUCUUUUCAUGUGACACUCGGACGAACAGUGUGUUCAAGACAUCACGAGAAGGACCGACUUGUUCUCUUCAAAGGAACAGGAAGAGAUGAUAGAUAGGAAAGAAGAAAAAAAAAUAUCGUAAAAUUGUUGAAGUGUCAGUUGAAUUAUGUUGAAUCUGGUGAUUAGAAAUUGGAAAUUGUUUGAUUUCUGUCGAUGUUUGAUAACAGCAAAAUGUGGUAUGGUUGUGUGUGCUGAUGGGAGAAACGGAAUGUGUGUGAAAACCUGUUGGGUAGCUGAUGUGAUAGUGUGUAAAAAAAUUCUCCCCAUUUAUAUUUUGAUUAGUAUAUUUGCCUGUUGUAUGUGCAGAGUCUAGAUUUCAUAAUAAGACCCCACUAGUGCUAAUAGUGCCACCCACUUAUUUAUUUGUUAUUGUAAUUAGCAGAGCACCUCACUCUACUACUAGCCUGUAUGAUGCCGGACUGAUUCUUAGUGACGGGAGCAUAGAAGGAGAUACAGAAAUGUUCUACAAUUCCUGCCACUGAUGUAAAACAAUUCACCCGUCUCUUUUGAAAAAUGUUGAUGUACAAACAUCAAUUUUUAUGUUGAAGAUGUAUUUAAGACAACCUUUUGUUUUAAUAUAGGUAUAAUAAAUCUUGGAAUGUUACAUGGUGCCAUGUUUACUACUUUCAUAUUUCUGUGAGAUUUGCAUCAUUCUCGACAAGGAAAGAACUUUAUCUGGCUGCAAACAUAUUCGAAGCAUGCUGCAGAAAGUAGUUUACACUCCCUAAGCUGAAGGGUUAAAACUAGACUCCUUGUGCAAUAUAUGUGUUUUUUGUGAAGAAACAAUGUCUGGCCUAGGCAGAUCAGUGCUUUAUAACUUAUUUUUUGUUCUCCUCCACUCGUUCUGCCUGCCCUAGAUAAAUCCUAAAUAGUUGUUUCUGCAUCCCAGAUGAGCCCUGAUUCAUGUUAUCUACCCCCAAAUAACACUUGUUUAGUUUUAAAGGAGAUUUACCCUGUAUAUAUUAUAGCAUAAUGCUUAUAUAAUUUCAAUUUGUUCCACAUUAUUGGUACCUUAUAGUAGCUAUACAUUUCCAUUGACUUUGCUUCAACCCUAGUUCAGGGAGACCAGAAGUCCUGAUUAGUUCUCCCUAUCCAAGUAAGCCCCGAUUCAUUCUCCCUUUUCAAGAAAGGCCCUGAAACAUUCUCCCGACCCAAUAUAUCUCCUUAUUAAUUCUCCCUGACCCCAAAGAAGCCCUGGUCAGAUAACCCUGUCUCUCUGCAAGUAAGCUGUUAUUCAGCACAUAUAUGUAAUCUUUACUUGUGGGAUAACGGGUUAGGCUUGGAGCAGAAAUAUAAGGUGUGAAAAAGAGUGCUACAUUGUUCUGAAAAUAGUGCAGAUGCUCAAUCUGUGUAUUGUAGCUUCAUUGUUCUAUCUUACCUGUUGAGAGUGCUGGAGUAGUGAUGUUAGGUAUUUUAUGAAUGAAAUAUUCAGCAUUGCCCAUAUGUAACAUAUCGGUGAAGAUGUGUGUAAUGUUUCCAAUAUGGAGACUGUUUUCUCUAUUAAAGUGCUAAAUUAACAGAUUUUACUAUCUAGAAGUGGUAUUAUCUCAGUGUGUAUAUGUUUCUCUGUUAAAUCCACAGCCCUAACAUUCAGAAAAGCCUGUGUACUAUAGAAGUGCUCAUUUAUAAAGUCUGCCAAUGGAUUGGGAUGUUGUUGCAUCCCUUGGUACUCCAGACUGUGUGUUAAAAUAUCUGUACAGUAAUUAUAAAAGUGCUGUAGGCAGGAGAAGUGAAUAUAUAGACAAAUUCUGUACAGUAAUUAUAAAAGUGCUGUAGGCAGAAGAAGUGAAUAUAUAGACAAAUUCUGUACAGAAAGCAAGUAUUCUGAUGGAAGGCGAGGUGUUAAUCUAAAAGUUGGGAUGUAUCUGAAUUGUAGUUAUUAUUUUGCCUGAUUAAUUUGCAGUCUUGUUUUGUAGUUAUUGUAUUUCCUUGAAUACUUGAUAUUGUGUCCCUGUUCUGUUGACUGCUUGGAGCAGGAAGGUGUCCUAUACUUUGUUGUAUGUAUUUAUUUAUCCUGCAGUGGGCUGUGUCCGACCAAGUGAUUAAGGCGACUAAUUGUCUGGGGAGGUCCCCUACCAACAUGGUGCCUCGGGAUACAGAAAACGAGAGUCUGUCCAUGUAAAACAGAUGUGUCGAUAGGCUUAUAUAGCAUUGAACAAAUUGAUAUACUGGUACCAUAUGUCUAUAGGAGAUGUACUGUUAGUGUUCCAGGACCUGUGGUGAAAUGACCCUACUUUGUCCAUGGUUUGUACAAAUUGAUGAAUAAAUAACAUGUAUGACGAUA